UAUUCUCUUAUUCGUUCUAUACAUUUUUUCAAAUGCAGAUUCCCGACAAAGUAAAAAGAAGAGGCAUAGAGGAUAUGACUAUGAUGAAGUGAUGUCAUUGUCAAGGGGAAAAAAUGAUUCCAUGGAAAAGAAAAGGAACGGAAAAUAUCUAAGGGUGACGCAUUCACUGGAUGAUAAACGUGGUGGUUCAAAGGAAUCCGAGGGGAAGCCAUCAAGUAAGAAAAAAAUGAUAUAUACUGAGACACCAUCACUGGAGCUUGAAAAGAAUUAUUUAAAGAGGGGGAGGACUCCGAGCGUCCCAUACGAGGAAGAGCUAUUCUACUUAAGUGACAAAAUUUGGGGUGAUGUUAACCAGGAUCAUGAGAAUAACCAACAAUUUACUCGCCAGAGUAGUAAUUCUUGUUCCUUUAGGCCUUACAACAGUUUGGAUCCGCAACCAUCGGAUAAAUUUUUUGUGGGAGAAGUAGGGCUAGCCUUAACAGCUAUCACUAGGAAUCAGUCUAAUCCAGUGCAAGUAGCUCUUGAACAAUUUAAAUUACUUUCUCAAAGUUUGAAUACUAGGAAGAAUUAUGGCAACCAAAUACUGGAGGCAUGGAUAACCCCAAAAAAGGAGGAGCUUUAUGAACUAGAGGAACAAAAGAUAGCAAUGAGCUAUUUGGACACGAAGAUAAAACAUGGACGAUUGGUUUCAGAUGCCUGUAAUGCUAGCCAUAGUUUUGGAAAUGAGUUUUCCCAAGGAAAACAGGGUUCGUGUAAUAUAGCAACUGAUUGUGGACUCAACAAAGAUAGACCAAAGGCUAUGAACGUGGAAACAAUUGGAUGUCGGAAACCAAUCACUGGAAAAGCUUCAAACACAAGCCCCCAUUCUCAAGAGAGAAAGAAAAAGAAGAAAAGGAAGAUUAAAAACCAAGAAAAUCAUUGUGACUCAUGUAUACCAUCUCACGCUUUUGCUAGUUCUAAGGAGAUCAAUGAGAGUGCCACUUCAUUACCGGAUGGAAUGACCGUUGAGGUGCUGGUGAAGGGAAAACCAGACGGAAAAGUAGCUUCUCCGGGAAAGCAGGUCAAAAUUUAUUUCACCCUCAAAGUAAAAGAUGCUGAAGACUUUGUUGCCUCAAUCAUUGGUGGAGCUCCCUAUAUACUAAAUCUAGGUUACGAAAAAACGUGCAAGGGAUUGAGCAUUGGCAUUGAAGGUAUGCAUGUUGGUGAAAAGAGAAGACUCACUAUUCCACCAUCUUGGGGCCUUACACAACUGCCAGACUCAUGGAUCCAGUAUGAUGUUGAAUUGGUUGAUAUAUGUGAAUGAAGAUAAUAUAUAGUUACUCCACAAUGAAAGGAAUUUUGCCAACCCCUCGCAGAGGAUCAUAGCAUGGAAGAAUGAUCUUGGCCAACAAUAGGUUUUGCUAGUGUUGUCUGGAAGUGGAAGGUGUGACUAAAGCAAUCUGCCAUGUUUUUUGGGUUGUCUUGAAACCAUUAACAACUAUCUUUGUUGGAGAUGAUGUCUCUCCUUUGCAAAUACUUAGUUUGUUUUUAUAUCUGAAAAUUUAUUGUUGACUAUCA